GUCGGCGCGCCGUAGACGCGGUCACGCUCGCUCGCUCCCUCCACCGACGCCGAUAAGUGCCCAAGAGUCCAAUUGCUGGGUCACAUGGUCAAAUGAUGCUGUUUGGAAUAAUUUCCCGGCAUUUACGUGGCUUAAAGAAACUCCCAUGGUCAUGUGACUCCAGAUAUUUCUGGGGCUGGUUGAAUGCAGUGUUUAAUAAAGUGGAUCAUGAACGAAUCAGGGAUGUUGGCCCCGACAGGGCAGCAUCUGAGUGGCUGCUGCGCUGUGGGGCUUUGGUGCGCUACCAUGGCCAGGAGAGGUGGCAGAAGGACUACAACCACCUCCCAACAGGCCCUCUGGACAAAUACAAGAUUCAAGCAAUCGAUGCCACUGACUCUUGUAUCAUGAGUAUUGGAUUUGAUUACAUGGAAGGCCUAGAGCAUGUUGAAAAAAUAAGGCUAUGCAAGUGUCAUUAUAUCGAGGAUAACUGUUUGCAGAGGCUUAGUCAACUUGAAAAGUUACAAAAAAGCAUAUUGGAAAUGGAAAUAAUUUCCUGUGGGAAUGUCACAGACAAAGGCAUCAUUGCUUUGUGUCAUUUAAGAAACCUCAAGUAUUUGUUGUUAAGCGAUCUUCCUGGAAUAAAAGAAAAAGAAAACCUUGUCCAAACCUUUAAGACAGCACUGCCUUCUCUGGAACUGAAAUUACACUUGAAGUAAAAUGAUAGUAAUGUGUCUUAUUUCAGCAUAAAGGAUCAUUUGAAAUUGUUGACCCUAAGAAUCAACAAAUAUUAUAUAAUCAUCAACAGAACUAUAAGGAUGUCAUAUCAUUUUAGAGAUGGAGAGUCCAUCAUAUACAGAAAAUAAAUAUUCAGAUGUGACUCACUAAAGUUACCAAGUUGGAAGUGAGAAUUUAUGUAUGUUAAAUCAUCUAAAGAAAAAUGCAAACUAGGUAGCAUUUUAAUUCUAACAUAUUCCUUAUUUAAUAUAGAUAGCUACAUAGAUCUUGCUCGGUUUUUUGGUUUUUGUUUGUUUGUUUGUUUUGCAGCUGGUUGGUGUGGAGAUCUGAACCCUUGGCCAAAUGAGCUAACCAGCUAGCCUACAUAAAUAUUAUUUGAUGUAGAUAUUGAUUUAGGCUUCUCUAAAGCAAUUUAACUGAGUAACACAUAUUCUUUAUUGUCAUAGUAAUUUACAGUAUAUUUUACUGUAAAGUUAUUGAAGCAUGUUACUAUAAAUGCACAAUUAUGAAAAAGUGGAAGCUACAUUACAGAUUCAUUGGCAGAGUCAAUUAUGCAGAGUAAUUAGUGGUUGUUGAGGCAUGCAUUUCAUAUUGCUUCCCAAGAUUUGCAUGCCUUUCUCAUGAUCCUGCACUUGUGCGUUCUUGAUAGCAUACACCCUUUCUGAGAAUGAAUAAUUGCUGGUUAAUCUAUUUUGUAAACUAAGUCUAGUGUUUUAUUAAAACUAGACAUUGACACUUGGCUGAAUUCUGAUAGUUUUGCUGAUUGCAGUAGAACAAAGGAAACCAUCAUAAAGACCAGCAGGUUAUGCUUACAUUUUUCCUAAAUUAGAAAAUUGCUUUAAACAGAAAAUUUUAACAUAUCAAUUAGAAACUAAUUUUUCCUCUCUCAUAUCUUGGAUACUACCUCCUAUGAACACAAAACACAUGAAAAGGAAGUAUAAAAACAAAAAUCAAUUUGUAUCUAGAAAGCAGUAAUAAAGAAUGUCAUAAAUAGAUAAAACAGGUCUUUAUUUUUACCUGUUUGAAAAGGUUUUUAUUCUCUUUUUCUUUGAAAAGUCUUUUAUUCUGUUAAUGUUAGUUAAUGGAUUUCUGUAUGUUUGGUUUAAAUAUUAAGCUGUUGAAUAUAAACUUGACUGGAAAUAAUUUUAAAAUUAGCACUUUCUACGAUGAAGCUUUCAGGUAGAAAAAUGAAGUUUAGUUGUAUUUAGAAACUAGCUUAUGUAAAUAGCACAUAGCAUAAAUGAUAUAUUAUUUACAAUUGCCACUGUCAUUCAAAAUAUCAGAAAAUAGUAAAUUAAAAAAAAAAAGACAAGGGUAUAGAACAGCUUUAUACGGUAUAGUGCUGAUUCCAUGCUGGAAAAAAAAGAUUACAAUAUGGUUAAAUUGAGCAUAAGCAUAAAUUUAGUAGAACUCAUUAGAGAAAAAUGAGAUCUUUUUCUCAGGUUUGUUUCAUUACUCUGUGGUGAGACAACUGAUUCACCAUGAUUUAGUCCAGAGCUACUUUUCUAUUCUGAAUGAUUUUCUGUAAAACUAUUGGCUGAAUUAGGCAGUUAUAAGUCAUCUGCCUCCGUCAAGUGCAUUUUCUUGGAUUAAGGAAAAAAAGAAAAACAAAAAUUUUAACUAUUCACAGAACUUGGAUGUCCUUCCUUGUCAUUUGAAUUAAAGCUACCUAACAGGAAUUGACUAAUACUGGGAUAUUAUUAUUUAACCCACUACCAAGUCUCUGCAAGAAGUUACAUACAUUAGAGAUAUCCUAAGGAAGCCUCAGGAUAUCAUUAAACUGGAUGGGGUAGCCAACAUUAUUGAACAGAUGCCAGAAUUUAAAGGAUUACUUAGCAGUAAGUGAAUGGGGUCAAACACUUUCAUAAAGAAAAUCAACACAGGAAAAAAAUGGAAGUGCAGAAGAAAUGCUUUGAAGAUACAGUAAAAUACAGUCAUGCAUUGCUUGACAAUGAGGAUACAUUCUGAGAAAUAUGUCAUUCAGCGAUUUCGUCAUUGUGUGAACAUCAUAGAGUGUAUUUACACAAACCUAGAUGGAAUAGCCUUUUAUACAGUUAGGCCAUAUGGUGUAGCCAUUAUAAUCUUAUGGGAGCACCAUAGUAUAUGGAGUCCCAUCAUUAACUGAAAUGUCGUUAUGUGGCACGUGACUAUAUAACUUUGAAAACCAUGGCUGAGAAUGGCUAGGAAACAUUGGCAGCACAUCAACCAGAAAUGGAAUUGAGCUGUAAGAAACAGACAUGAAGCUUCAUAUUGCCCUUGUGUCCAGAGGACAAGGAUGAAAAAGCUUUUUGAUUAGGCACAGUAGGCCAAAUCAAAGCUAAUUAUAUGUCAUCAUUUUAAGUCUCAUUGUACAAAGCUAGGAAUCCUCAAUAAUAUCAUUUUGUACUACUUUCUUAUUAGUUUUAUUAGUUGUUAGUAUAGUGUGUGUGUGUAUUAUACACACACAUACACAUACAUAUAGUGUAAAUAGACAUUUCAGGGAAAACAUCAGUUUAUAACCUAACAUCUUUCAUGACUCAAGUAAAAGCUACAAGCACUUUCUUCUGAAACUCAGAUCACUAUGUACAUUUCUGCCUAUAUAUCUGUCUCUAAGUUUGAGGCUGAGCCGGAGAGAAUGAAGUACUAUUUGGGGGCUGACAGGUUUCAUUCCUGCGAGGUCUGUAGGUCUUGUUCUACCUUUUGACCACCUCAGUCAGUUGCCAAGCUUCAUGCCAUUGUUUGCGAGGGGAAUUUGGGUGAACAAGUGUAGAUGGAUCACAGUAAAUCCAUCUUGCCUGCAAAAAUGACAAGAUACAUCUUUUACUGAGGGUAAAGACAAAAGUAUAUAUAAGAAAUGUAUAAACGUUUAAAUACAAAAGCAUGUAAAUUACAAUCUUUUUAUGAUAAUCCAUGUGAUUUUAAAUAUUUUGAACAACUUAAAUAUUCC